AUGGACAACGUACUUGAAAAGCAAAGAGCUGCUCAUGAAGACCUUGAGCGCCUUGAACAAGCCAUUGUUGAACAGUACAUGGAUGAUGCAAAAACACAUCGUGAAAAGCUCUACAGCGAACACGUAGUCGACAAAUUUCUGACUCGUAUAGCUGACAAGAGUGCUUAUCUUGCCGAAUUGUACCAGGAUAAAGACGGGCUUCGCAGUUCUGAAAUGGAGGCGCUUACCGGAUCUUCAGAUUUCAGCGAGUUUUAUGAGCGUCUCAAGGUGAUCAAAGAGCAUCAUCGCAAAUUUCCCAACGAAGCAGUUGAGCCACCAGAGAUGGAAUACAUCCACCUCACUCAAAAGAAAGACGAGGAGGACUAUCAAGAAUUGGAAAAGCUGUUUUCUGGCGAAGAGAGCCUCGGUAGAUACCUCGAUUUGAACGCACUUCAUACACUUUACAUCAACUUGAAGGGCGUCAAGAAGCUGGAUUACCUACAAUACUUGAACGAAUUCGAUGAUUUUGCCACCAACUAUCCCAAAUCAAUCAAAUCAACUGAGGAAUACAAGGCUUAUAUCAACCAGUUAUUCGAUUACCUCCACAGCUUUUUCCGCAGAGCAAAACCACUCUACAACACUGCUGAAUUAGAAGAAGAGGUGCUUGAGGAGUUCAACAGACAAUGGGAAUUAGGUCAAGUGAAGGGCUGGGAGCAAGUUGAUACCAAAAACGAAGAGCUAUUUUGUCCCGCCUGUCAAAAGCAAUUCUCCAAAAAGACCGUUUACGACGCUCAUUUGACAGCCAAGAAGCACAUCAAAGCACAAAAGAAGUUAGAGGAAGAGCAAGGCUCCAGCAGCAAUGCUGUCGUAGUCAAAGAUGACAAGAGAAAAGCGAUUGCUUGGAAGGAGCGUUUGAUUGCAAAAUAUGCAGAGGCACUGGCUGAUUUCAGAGAGGAAAGUAAAUCCAACGUUGAACGUAAGCAAGCAUUAACAGAUAAAGAGCGUCUGCUGGAACAAGAGGAGGAGAAAGUUGAACUUGUGGAUCAAGAUUCUGAUGAUGAGGAUGACGAAAAGAUCUAUAACCCACUCAAACUGCCACUUGGUUGGGACGGUAAACCAAUCCCUUACUGGCUAUACAAGCUUCAUGGUUUGGGCGUUGAAUACCCUUGUGAGAUCUGUGGUAAUUAUGUAUAUAUGGGCAGAAAGGCAUUUGACAAGCACUUUCAAGAGUGGCGACAUGCACAUGGUAUGCGCUGUCUGGGUAUACCAAAUACAAGACAGUUUCAUGAAAUCACUAGAAUUGAUGAUGCCUACGCAUUAUUUGAAAAGCAAAAGAAGGAAGGUGUUAGUGAGGAGGUCAAAGCAGACACAAUUGAAGAGUACGAGGAUGGAGAGGGCAAUGUGUACAACAAAAAGACGUAUGAGGAUCUCAAACGACAGGGUAUUCUUUGA